AUGUAUCUGGGAAGCAACAAAGGCCAUCGACGGCAUCAGAUACUCUCCUUCAGAGGCGACUGCUGUCUGGAUCAAACGACUGGAGUAGAGAUCCGGAUCGGAAACUCUCUGGAAAACAAUGGCAACAACAAUCCCAGAUGUGGUGUCACUUCACUUGUCCCAGCAGGCAGUUCUGUCAGUUUCUCUUGCGGUGGAAUGGAAGGUCGUUAUGUGAACAUGUACGUUCCUAACAUCCAGAAGUAUCUCACACUGUGUGAGGUGGAGGUUUAUGGAACAGAGCCUGGCGUAACUGAAGCCCCCCUUCCUCUUCUCCUUGAUGACGGAGCUGCCUACGACUCCUGGUGACGUAGUGGACAACUUGAGCGGCAUGGUGGACAACAGAGGAACGCUCAUGGGUCCCACGCAACGACAUCCUGGAUCCGAACCUACUAGACACCUUCCACUCCAGUCACCCCAAAGAAAUGGCUCCACGAGGAAGAGGACAUCCACCACAUUGUCAGGGUCCUCGGCCCUCAGGAGCGGGCCGUGGGGAGGGGGGUACUGUAACAGACACGCCAGGUUCCAUCACCAACCAAUCAUAGCGCACUCCCUCACCUGAGUACUAAUCACUCCCACCUGUUCCUCAUCCACCUGCAAUCACCAGUUCACAUAAAUCACACACACGCACCCAGUCAGCGUCCGGUCUCAUUUGCGACAAGGUCUAACCUGCAUGCUUACUCUAAGGACUAACGAUCUCUCUACUUAUCUCUCUCCAGUAUCUCCAAGUCUUCAUUGUGUGAGUGUGUGUGUGUGUGUCCACUACCUCCAGUGUCUAUUACUCUUCACCAACAGAUCCAAUCAUCACUACCUCCAGUACCAUUACCUCACGCUACACUACCUGCUCCUCUGCUUGUGCCUUGAGUUUACUAUUCUUUCAGCCUCCAGUCCUGGCUAUCUGUAACAACUGGAUUCAUACUUUGGAUGCCUUACAUCCCAAAUGUUUAAAUAUGGACUUUGACAUGAGUGUCAUGCUAUAGUCACAGC